AUGUUCCAGAAUCCUGCACUAAAAGUUUCUCUCGAGAAACCUGGCAUGCCAGAAGUCAUCAGGUAUGCAAUAACUUCACCUAUUGUUUGUUCUGGAAGUCGAAACAUUGUGACAGAGCCAUUCGAAUAUCUUUCUUCAAAUCCGGGAAAGAACAUUCGUAGCCCCUUGAUGAAUGCCUUCAAUGAAUAG